UCCUGGAAUGCCUCCUGCCUCACAUCCUUCCAGUGGUUCCCUUUUCUGGUCGCAUUCCCCUCCCUUUCCCACGACCCCCAGCCACCCCUUAAGGAGCCCCUUGUUGAGGGGCCCUACUUCACUUUGUUUCUAGAACAGCUACUUUGUUGCACGUGGUCUUCUUUUGUUUUGUUUUGGGUCCUGACCAGUUUAGGUCAGUAUAGCAAAAGGGCAGGUUGAUGUUGGAGAGUGCGGGAGGACUGGUGAGGGAGCGUAGAAUUGCCCACAAAUGACUUGUGCAGAGCCCCUGCUUGAGUCAGGUGGACCCACCACGUGGGCAGGCAUGGAGGAGGGAGAACUUGUCUGGAAGGUGCAGAAAAUCUUGCUUGGGGUUUGGAGGGGUGCAGUGCUGUGGUUCUAGGGAUAAAGUUGACUUUCACCCCCCCACAUACCUCCAGUCUACUCUACCCCCAAUUACUGAAGCUCCCUCUCACCCUCGCAGUUAACCCCGCCUCAUUAGACAGCCUUAUGGUCCCGUGGAACCAGACGGUGCCCCAUUCGACCCUCGCUUCCCACACUCCGGGGCCAAUUCCUUUCCCACCCCCCUCCUCCUUUCACUCCUCUUCUUUCCUGGAGCCUCGUGCCGGGGGUCCUGGGGGAGGGGGUGCGGGAGUGUCCCUGGGCCCAAGGGGCGGAGUUGGGUUCUGUCCCCUCCUACCUGACCCCCGCCCCCCAGGGCUAUAAGGGUCGAGGCUGGCGGGGACCUGGUCCACACUAGGGUCCGGAGCAACAAUGGUUACCCGGGAUCGAGCUGAGAACCGAGAGGGUCCCAAGAUGCUGAAGCCGCUGGUGGAGAAGCGGCGCCGGGACCGCAUCAACCGCAGCCUGGAGGAGCUGAGGCUGUUGCUGCUGGAGCGCACGCGGGACCAGAACCUCCGGAACCCGAAGCUGGAGAAGGCGGAGAUCUUGGAGUUCGCCGUGGGCUACUUGAGGGAGCGCAGCCGGGUGGAGCCCCCGGGGGUUCCCCGGUCCCCAGGCCAGGACGCCGAGGCGCUCGCCAGCUGUUACUUGUCCGGCUUCCGCGAGUGCCUGCUCCGCUUGGCGGCCUUCGCGCACGACGCCAGCCCGGCCGCCCGCGCCCAGCUCUUCUCCGCGCUGCACGGCUACCUGCGCCCCAAACCGCCCCGGCCCGAGCCGCCGCUAGACCCGAGGCCUCCGGCGCCGCGCCCACCGCUGGACCCCGCCGCACCGGCCUUCGGUCCCGCGCUGCACCAGCGCCCCCCAGUACACCAGGGCCCCCCUAGCCCGCGCUGCGCAUGGUCCCCAGCCCUCCGCUCGCCCCGCGCCGGGGAUUGCGGCGCGCCGGCACCCCUCACCGGACUGCUGCCGCCGCCGCCUCACAGACAAGACGGGGUGCCCAAGGCCCCGGCGCUCCCGCCGCCCGCUUUCUGGAGACCUUGGCCCUGAGC